AAGGAAGUCUCAACUGACCAAUCGGAGCACGUAUUGUAAGGAUGAACUAACCAAUCUUAGCGUAGGAGGCGGGACUUGCUAUAAAAAGGUUGUUUCUGUAACAAGAAACAGCAACAUUCAGAGAAAGUUGUCAUACCAGGAGUAAGAAGUUUAUUUAUCUGUACUCGGUGUGGUAUUUGAACUAAACAGACAUGAGUUCAGAGCUGCCGCUGCUACUGGAGGCCAUCAGCUUCGCUGCAGAGAAACACCGCAAUCAGCGCCGGAAAGACCCUGAUGCAACCCCGUACAUCAACCACCCCAUAGGAGUGGCGAGGAUCCUGAGUCAUGAAGGUGGAAUCACUGAUAUUGAAGUUCUGCAAGCAGCGCUGCUUCAUGACACUAUCGAAGACACAGACACCACUUUUGAAGAACUGGAAGCUAUGUUUGGAAAUAAAGUGGCUCGGAUUGUCCAGGAAGUGACUGAUGACAAAACGCUACCUAAACAGGAGCGAAAGCUGCUGCAGGUGAAGCACGCGCUCCACUGCAGCCACCAAGCCAAACUAGUCAAGCUGGCUGACAAACUGUACAACCUACGCGACCUCAACCGCUGCACCCCUGUAGGCUGGACAGCGGAGCGGGUUCAGGAGUAUUUCGUAUGGGCAGCUCAGGUAGUGAAAGGGCUUCAUGGAACCAAUGCUGCGCUCGAGGAAAAGCUGCUACAGCUCUUCAAGGAGAGAGAUGUGGACGUUUGAUGAUGAUCAAGGAGCUUUUCCCCUGGUGCAGCUUAUAUAUUGGUGUAAACAAUCAAGGAUUAAGUGUCUCUGUAUUUUUGAUUUAUUCCAUAAUAUUUAUGGAUCUGACAAUGCAUUUUAAUGGGUUAUAGUGGGUUAUUUUUUUCUGAAUACAUUCAUCAGAUGAAUGUAUUGCUAUGUUAUUGACACAGAAAAUAAAAUAAAAUAAAUGUAUAUCUAGCUCUAGUAAGUUACUAAUACAGACUGGCCACAUAAAUAAGAAGAACUUCUGAAUAAUGAUUAUUUUAGGCACAGUAGAGUUAUGUGUCUUAAUUAGUGUGUAUAGAAUGAUGACUAUUAAAAUUAUAUGGUGCAAUUUUACUAAAAAUGACAUUAAUGUGAGGUGGCACGGUGGUGCAGCGGGUAAUGUUGUCUCCUCACGGCUUGAGGAGUCCCUGGUUUGAUCUUGAUCUUGGGUUACAGAGUGUGUGGAGCUUCUCAUGUUCUCAACGUGUCUGUGUGGGUUUCCUCUGGGUUCUCCGGUUUCCUCCCACCUCUAAAAAAAAAAUGGCAGUAAGUGAAUGGCAUACUCUAAACUUCCCCUACAGUGUGAGGAGUGUGAGAAUGUGUGUAUGUGUGCAUGGUGCAUACUGGACUGUGAUGGACUGACAUAUCAUUAAAGAUGUGCCCUCGCCUUGUGCCCGGUGCUCCUGAGAUAUGCUCCCCAUCCACCACAGCCCUGAUCCGGAUAAAGCGAUUACUGAAGAUGAAUGAAAAAAAUAAUUGGUUUUCAAUUAAAUGAAUGAAGUGUUUUAAGUCGUGUGAAUUUCCUGAAUAAAAAUCAUAAUUUGAAGUUUA